UUUAUAAACACUUGUAAGCAUCUCCAAAUAAUCUUAAAAGUAAACUAAUAUUGUAUUAUACUGUGCCUGUUUAACAGCAUUACUUUAACUUCAAGAAAUCUAGUGCAGGACUGUAAUCUGUAAUAUAUAUGUAAUAUCUUAAAGAGAUACUAUUUUCAACGUAAAUAUUUGUUACAAAGUCACUUAACCUAUUCCCACAUCUGUCAUAGGAGUUUUUAUCAAUUGCUAUAUAAUUUUUAAACACACGUUGAAUAUGGCUUGUCAAGUGGCUAGUGCAAAUUGCGAAAAAAUGCAGAGUUCUAUGGACAACAAAGAUAUAGACUUAAAAAACUGCAGGAAACUUAUUAAAUCGUACAUCGAUUUGCAUUUAUAUAGCGCUGCUUUAUUUUGGGCCGAUAAAGUUGUUUCAUUGAGUAACGAAGAUCCAAAAGAUAUAUGUACUUUAGCUCAUUGUAUGUAUCUUAUGAAGCAAUAUCAUCGAGCUGCACACCUUAUUAGAAGUCGUGGACUUGAAAAGACUUAUGUAAUGUGUCAUUAUUUAGUAGUAAAAAGUCUUUAUGAAGCAAGAGAAUAUAAUGAAGCUCUUCAAGUCAUUAAUGAAUCUGAAAUUUGUACAAAUAUAAAUCAAUCAGGAAUUAGUUUUAAUGAUCGUCCUGAUAUCCUUGAAGAUACUCCAAAAAAUGUGCAAAGUGCUAUAUUAUAUGUAAAAGGUAAAGUUUAUCAAGCUAUGGAUAAUAGAGCAAUGGCAACAGAUUGUUACAAACAAGCUCUACAUUGUGAUGUUUAUUCAUAUCAAGCAUUUGAAUCUCUUGUACAAAAUCAAAUGCUUUCAGCAACAGAAGAAAGAGAACUUUUGGAAUCUCUUCCUUUUGGAGAACAAUGCACAGAAGCUGAAGCUGAGCUAUUACGUUUAUUAUAUGAAAGUAAACUAAAAAAAUAUCAGGAACCAUACAAAAAACAAUCAUUGGCCACUUGCAGUGUGAUGGGAGUCCCUGUUAUUGAUAGAUUGUCUGAUAAUUUAGAUUUAGAAGUGUCUGAAGCUGAAAGACUAUAUUAUAAUUGUGAUUAUCAUAAAUGUUUUUCACUUACAGAAAGAAUUUUAAACAAGGAUCCAUAUCAUACCGCAUGUCUGCCAGUACACAUUGCCUGCUUAGUUGAAUUAAAAAAAACCAAUGCAUUAUUUUAUUUGGCACACAAAUUGGUUGAUCUAUAUCCAGAUAUGGCUUUAGCAUGGUUUGCUGUAGGAUGUUAUUACUACAGCAUAGGUAAAAGUGAUCCAGCCAGAAGAUAUUUAGUAAAAGCUACCACAUUAAAUAGUUUAUUUGCACCAACUUGGUUAGUGUAUGGACAUUCAUUUGCAGUAGAAAAUGAACAUGAUCAAGCAAUGGCUGCUUAUUUCAACGCAUCACAAUUAAUGAAAGGUUGUCAUCUUCCACUUUUAUACAUAGGACUGGAAUGUGGAUUAACAAAUAAUCUUAAACUGGCUGACAAGUUUUUUCAACAGGCUCAAGAAAUAGCACCAAAUGAUCCAUUUGUUAUACAUGAAAUGGGAGUAAUAUCUUUCUAUAAUAUGGAUUACAAAACUGCAGAAAGGCAAUUUAAAGAAGCUAUGAGAAGAAUUCAAUGUGGACUUAAAGAUGUAAUUUUACCUAGUAAGUGGGAAGCCCUCUUGAAUAACUUAGGUCACACAUGUAGAAAAAUGAAGAAAUAUGAAGAAGCUUUAAAUUAUCACCAACAGGCAUUAGUAUUAAACCCCCUAAAUCCAUCAACAUAUUCAGCUAUGGGUUUUAUUAAUGCUUUAAUGGGAAAUAUACAAGAAGCAGUUGAUGCUUUUCAUAGAGCUUUAGGACUUAGAAGAGAUGAUACGUUUACAACUACUAUGCUAACCUAUGUUAUGGAACAACUUAUUGAUGAAGCUCCACCAUACCCUGAUGCACCUAUUGAUAUUCCAAAAUAUACGAAUCCUGAUUCUAGAGUAGAACCGGAAAUAAUAGAAUCUGCAAAAACUUCUAGUAGCACAGUUAAUUCACAAGAUCAAGACAUUGGCAAAUUAAGAGUAAAUUUAUUUUCUGGAUGGGGUGAAGAUUCUAGUAAAGCAGAAACAAAUACAUCUAAUAGAAUUACAGACUCCAGAGAUGCUGUUGUAAACUAUUCAACCGGUGAUAUGAGUUCUGAAGUUGAAAUGUUAGAUUCAUCAACAGCUCAUAUAGAAUAUAAUUAAAUAUCUCUGUUUGAAAAGUAAAGAAAUUCUUAAUAAUAUUAUAUUGCGAUAUAAAAAUAAAGUAAUAAUUCUCUGGUAACUAGGCAAAAAAAUUCUUAAAAAAUCUUGUUCCAAAUCUUGUUUACAAAUUUUUUCUUUGCAUCUCAUCUUACAUGCUAUCCAAAUGCACUUCUUAAGCUGCUGCAGGCCACGGACAUCCGCACAAUAUUUAACGAGCGUGAUUCUAAUUUUUUCAUUGAAAAUUUAAGACAGGAUUCUAUAUUAUUUUAAGAAAAAGAAAAUGUUCGAAUUUAAUAUAUUAAAAAAAAUGCAAUGAUUCGAUAUUUAAUUUAAUAAAAAACAAUGUCUCACAAUGCCUCUACUUUUAAUAUAAUAAGAAUAAGAAUGCAAUGACUCAACUUUUAAUAUAAUAAAAAAAAGUACAAAAAAUUGAUUUUAAUCUAUUAAGAAAAAGAUGUAAUUUUUAAAAACUAUUGAUUUAAAAAAUUACAAAAGCUUGACUUUAAUUUUCAAAAGAUCCUACUUUUCACGAACACGAGUGCAGAACACCAUGGGAUGGAAUGGUUUAUCAUUUUCAUUCAGGUUCAAACUAUUAUUACUACUACGAGCAAAAGUGUCAACAUAGUAAAGGGGUAAAAGGGAUUUUGAUAAGACCAAAAGCCAUUAACGAAGGGUUCGAUAUAUCGAUCACCUCCGAAUAAUAACUUAUAGUCGAUAGUUGCCCUCUUGAACCACAGUUUGUGGGGGCCUUUUCAGCAUAUAGCCUCUUCUUACUUCGUGCCCUCACCACUGCAUUGGAGCAUUUCGUAUUCUUAAAUUACGUUUUCUACUCUACCUAGAUGCAUCUCUGUUAUCUAAUUGAUAUUUAUUUAAUAAAACAAAAAUAAAAAUAAAA